GUUGUCAUAAUUUCCAUUAAAUUCAUUCUUCUACUGAUCUCUCAUAAUCUUCUCUCUGAAUUGAUACAAUGAAUCUAUUCAACAAAUCGAAAAGAAAUUCUAAUGAAAGAAUCUACUGUCGUACGUGCAGAAAUCCAGUUGCACGCGUUCAAGAUUAUAUUCGGAGGGUUCGUCGAGGAACGAUCAUAAUUAGAAGAGUGUAUAAUGUUUACGUACCAGGCGAUAUGGAUCAUCUGUAUGGAUUUGUCACAGCUGAUACUUACUGUGGCCGAUGUGGAACGUUGAUUGGGUGGAAAUUUAUUGUAGUCCCACUAGGGUCCGUGGCUGCUAGAGCAGGAAGAUUCAUGUUGAUGUCGAGAAAGGUUGCUUUCUGGGAUGGUGUACCAUUGCUUCGUUUAAAUGCAAAUCAAGGUUUAGGCGCUAAUGAGCAAAAUGCAAAUCAAGAUUUAGGCGUUAAUGAGCAAAAUGCAAAUCAAGAUUUAGGCAUUAAUGAGCAAGAUGGAGACGCUAAUGCUGCAGUUCAAGAUGGAGGCGGAAAUGAACAGAAUGAUGAUCAAGAUGUGGGCGCUAAUGCUGUAGUUCAAGAUGGAGGCAGAAAUGAACAGAAUGAUGAUCAAGAAGUGGGCGCUAAUGCUGCAGUUCAAGAUGGAGGCGGAAAUGAACAGAAUGAUGAUCAAGAUGUGGGCGCUAAUGCUGCAGUUCAAGAUGGAGCUAGAAAUGAACAGAAUGAUGAUCAAGAUGGCGGGGAUCCAAUGAACUGAAUGAAGAUUCGAUGCAGAGCAGCUAAUGAUGUGAAUGUAGACAUUGAUAGCCUACUCAUGCUGACAUACUGCUUAUACAAAGUGCUAUAAUUCGUAAUUGUGUGAUAUUCUGUUUCCAUUUCUGUUUUGAGACUCAACUUUUUACACGUUCGAGCUCCGUUCUCUGUAUGCUGUUUAGUUUGUUUUUAAUUUCCUUUAACUGCAACAGCUAUACAGUACUCAAUGCUAGUGAACUUUUUGUUUGUUUUCUUA